AUGGAACAAAACGACGUGGCUUUCUAUUCUCAUGCGGUUUUUCUCCUUCGGCUCACAGAUCUGCGGUUCCAUGCUGACUCUGUCCGGAAACAGGGCAGCCGUGGUCUUGACGAUGAAAGCGACGACCUUUGGCUCGGUGGUCGAACCUAG